UGCUGUCCGCGGGCGGGAAAAUCGAUCGAUACUUCGCACGAGCGACAGUGUGUCUCGUGUCGUGUUGGGGUAGCAGUGGCUUAGCACUACGUCAGUGAUGUUAAUUUGAUUAAACUUUCAAAUAAUUUUACCUAAAAAAUAACCAUGACGAUCUAUCCGUUCCUGUGCUUAGUGUUUGCUUUAACAGUGUCAGCUGAAUUUGUUUGGAAACACCAUAAUAAUGAGGAAUUACCAUUGAUUUUGGAAGAAGUUCACGAUAAAUGCCCUAACAUAACUAGAGUUUAUGCUCUGACUGAACCAUCGGUCUGCAAUGUUCCUCUUUAUGUUAUCGAGUUCUCUGAUACACCCGGAUUCCACCAGCCUUACAAACCCGAAGUAAAAUAUGUUGGUAAUAUUCAUGGCAAUGAAGUUCUUGGUCGGGAAUUGCUCUUGGGUCUUGCUCAUCACCUCUGUGAUCAAUACCUGAAGAAUGACCGCCGCAUCAGAGCACUGAUUCACAGCACCCGUAUUCACUUGUUACCGUCUAUGAAUCCAGAUGGUUGGCAACUGUCUACUGAUACCGGUGGACGAGAUUACUUGAUUGGGCGUAACAAUAACCAUUCCGUGGACUUGAAUAGAAACUUCCCGGACUUAGACACCAUAACGUUUGAGUUCGAGCGCCAGGGCAUUAACCAUAACAACCAUCUGUUAAAAGAUGUGACCCGACUGGUCGCGCCGUUGGAGCCCGAAACCCGCGCUGUGAUGCGAUGGAUCAUGUCGGUGCCCUUCGUUCUGAGCGCGGCGAUGCAUGGCGGCGACCUGGUGGCCAACUACCCCUAUGAUGAGAGCAGGAGCGGGGCUCCUGACUCUGAAUACUCUGCGAGUCCUGACGAUGAUACGUUUAGGGAAAUAGCCGCAGCGUACGCUUCAGCCCACGCUGACAUGGCUUCGGCCACCCGCCGCGGUUGUCGCACCAACAUCGCCGACGAAUCUGGCUCUUACAACUUCGGGAAGCAAGGAGGCGUUACCAAUGGAGCAGCUUGGUACAGCUUGAAAGGAGGAAUGCAAGAUUUCAAUUACCUGGCUACGAAUGCGUUUGAGGUUACUCUGGAGUUGGGAUGCGAAAAAUAUCCGCACGCGAAGGACUUGGCGAGGGAAUGGGAGAGGAACCGCGAGGCGUUACUGACUUACCUGUGGAAAGCCCAUAUCGGUGUCAAGGGAAUUGUCAGCGACGACACCGGUUUUAUACAGAAUGCCAUCAUAUCCGUGGUGAACAUUACCGGACCGGUGCCUCGACCGAUCCGACACGAUGUGACAACAGGUGUUUAUGGAGAUUACUACCGCCUCCUGACCCCGGGCCACUACGAGGUGACGGCGAGCCACCCGAACUACUUCCCAGUGUCGCGCGUGGUCACCGUGCCCGAGCAGCAGACCUCCGCGCACGUGCUCAACUUUAGGCUCGAGCCUACCUCCAGCUGGUUCGACGACGAGCCGGCUCUCGGGUUCUACCCGCAUCCAUUGGCCAAGCGCCAGCCGCGCAUCUACAAACGCUCGGUCUUCGAGCACGUCGCCAACUCCAUACUCGAGCACAAAGGCAAGAACUAACCAACUAACUAAACUUUAGCCUGACACUAACGCAAUUAUGAUGAUAUAGUAUUUUAAUAUUACGCAACCCACAUCAGCACUAUCUUUCAUAUCCGUUUAGCGUAAGUUAUUCUCAGAUAUUAUAUAUAAUAGGGGAUCGGAUUACAUUUUCAAAGGAUUUAAUAAGACAUCAAUUUUAAAAUUGUGUGCGAAAAGCUGGAAUUUUCGUUUAAGUAUUUUGAUUUGAUAUUGCAAGAACAUAAUUAUGAGAAUUUUGUUGACAGGCCAUAAAAGUACCUCAAUUGGCUGGUGGUGUGGUCUCUGAUCCCCUAUUGAGUUAUUUUAUUGAAUUUAAUUAUAAUAAACAUGUAAACGUUACCAUUAUUGCCUACUUUUAAGACAUUUAAAUUUUUAACCAGCGUUUUAAAUUUGUGAGGGCAUUUUGCAAUUAACAUUCCAAUUGAAUAGAUUCUUGUGCCAUAUGCGACACGUACAACUAUUAUACCAUUAUUAGUUUGUUUAUUUAAACAUAUAUUAUUUAGAAAAAUAUAUUAAUUUCGGUAAAUUUACAACUAUACUAACAGUUGCCACUUUCUAGUCUAAACUUUUUAGUAAUAUUUACUGUUUUUAAUGUAAACUAUAUUGAUAUCUGUAUAUAGGUAUUUGUAGUACGACGUAGAUAAAUGUAUUUAAUAUUAUCCAAUUUUAUGUAAAUUACUUUUAGUUUUAAUUGUAAAAAAUGUAAUGGAUUCUAAAAAUUGGCAGCUAACUUUUCAAAAGUGAAGAACCAUUACAUAUCACGAAACUUUUUUGAUUGUAUUCUUUAGUUAAACCUUCAAAAUUUUUGAUUAUUUUGUGUCUUAUCAAAUAAGAUCAUUGAUGAGAUGAAUUCUGUGAUAUAAUUAUUUUUGUAAUUGUGAAAAUAUAAAAAAAAUUAGUAAUUCAAAGUAAACAUAAAAAUUGAACCGUGAAAUGUUUUAUAUCAGUUUUCUUGAACUUAUGUAUUAGUGAUAAGUAAAUAGUGUUAAACACUUGAAUAAUAAAUAUUACUUAUUGACGGUUUGUGUGCAGCUAACUUCUUUUAAUACACCCUUUUACUCUAGAAAUAUUUAUUAUACAUUGCUACUACAACUAAAUAUUAACUUCUUAAAAUUUUCUUAACAAGGUCACUAAAUAAUACUACAAGUAAUGUUUUAGUAAAAUAUUUAUUAAUUUCAUAAUCACAACUUGCAUGUGAGAGGCUUGAUCUUACUAAUAAAUAGUUCAAUUCAGUUUCGUUUCAUGUCUAAGACUUAAUACGAUUUGGUCAACAAGAGAUUCUUUUGCAUACAUUUUCAAAAUAAUCAAAAUACUUUUAUAGAAACCAGUUAACGGUCAAUAGCUACUACUAUUAUAAUACAUUACUAAACACUCACUCACUUAUUAAUUAUUUUUACAAAUCAACACACGUUCUUAACUAAACGUCACUCCAAAGUAACAUUAUAAUUACAUAUUAUUCACAGUUAAGAUGAUGUGGUACAUUUUAUAAUAGUAACUACUAAGUAGUAAUUAGGAUACUUAAUUGUAGGGUUUUAACAUUUUCGAUCACCAAGCAAUAAUUCGGCUGAAUGUUAAGGGUGGUUGAGACAAUUCAAAACAGAACCUUUUAUUUAUUCAAUAUGUUAGUUAAACCUUUUUAUUUAAGUAGGCGAAUUUUCGCGUUGGUGAUCAAAGUGAUACUCUUAAUUUAAAUUAUAAACGUAUGGAACCUAUAGAUACUUUGAAAAAGAAAGAUAGGGAAAACUAACUAAAAACAUAUUAUUUUGGUUGAAUUUCUAUAUCAACGUACCUAUUUAUGUUUUUUUCUCUAUACUAUACUCGCAGUUUGAAAUUCGACAAAAAAUGUUUUCUUCUCACUCUACAGUUGAUAAAAUUUAAACUGGCCGUUAAUAAAAGGAAGAAAAAACAAAUUAACUAAAUUAACGAUGCCAGUAAACAUCUCUACGGAAAUACGUAUUCAGCAACACGAUUGUAUUACUCGUAAUCAGUUUUUAUUAUUUUAUUAUUACAAACAUAAAUUAAGUCAUAAUCGACUGCAUUUCUAUGUUACUCUUAUCAAUUUAUUAUUUGAAAUUUUACUACGCUAUUUAGGUGGUUAGCCGGCUUUUUUCUACGAUAAAAAAGAUAAUCUACCCCCUUUCCGAGGUCAACGUUUUCAAAUUAAUAUAAGAGGAUGAUAAU